CCCAAAGAAAUCAUACUCACCCAACUUCAAACAACAUUAUUGCCAAUCCCUCCACUACUAUUAUAACGCCUAUUCCUAAUAAGCUACUUUUAACAAACAAAAGCGUGUUUAUAACAUAUAAGUGAUUUUCUUAGUGGGAAGAUGGGUAUCGAAAGAGGAGGAGGAGGUGGACUCAAGGGUUUUAGAAGCGGCUGGAGUGUGCCACCUAAGCUAUGCGAUUCUUGCAAACUGUCUUCUGCCGCGCUUUUUUGCCGUUCUCAUUCCGCGUUUCUAUGUAUCAAUUGCGAUUCCAGGAUUCACUGUGCUAACAAGCUGUCUUCGCGCCACGAGCGCGUGUGGAUGUGUGAGGUAUGCGAACAAGCACCUGCAUCCGUCACGUGCAAAGCUGACGCCGCUGCUCUCUGCGUCACGUGCGAUUCUGAUAUCCACUCCGCCAACCCCCUCGCCCGCCGUCACGAACGUGUCCCCGUCGAACCUUUCUUCGACUCUGCCGAAUCCGUCGUCAACUCCUCCACAGCCGCCACCGCCGGUGCAUUCAAUUUCGCCGUCCCAACCGACGAUUGUUUCAGCCAAGACGACGCCGAAGCAGCCGCGUGGCUCAUUCCGAACCCUAAUUUCACAUCCAAGCUCACGGAAGCACCAGAUAUCAAAACUAGAGACAUGUUCUUCUCCGAUAUGGAUCCAUUUAUCGAUUUCGAUUACUCAAACACAUUCCAGAAUAACAACAAUUGUAGUAGCGCUAUAAACGACAGCGUCGUUCCGGUUCAAACCAAACCAACUCCGGCGCCGAUGAUGAAUCAUAACUCAGAAAGUUGCUUCGACAUCGAUUUUUGUAGAUCGAAGCUAUCUUCGUUUAACUAUCCAGCACAGUCUAUUAGCCAAAGCCAGGUUUCGUCUUCUUCGCUUGAUGUUGGAGUGGUGCCAGAUGGAAACGCGGUGCCGGAGAUGUCAUACUCGUUCGGUAGGAACAGUUCUGAAUCGAGUGGAAUGGUGUCCGGGGGUGUGAAUAGUCAACAAGGGGUGCAAGUAGCAACUCAAUUGUGUGGAAUGGAUCGUGAAGCGAGGGUUCUAAGGUACAGAGAGAAGAGGAAGAAUCGUAAAUUCGAGAAAACUAUUCGAUAUGCUUCGAGAAAGGCAUAUGCAGAAACCCGGCCCAGAAUUAAAGGACGGUUCGCUAAACGAACCGAAAUUGACUCGGAAGUGGACCGUCUCUAUGACCCUAUUGAAAUCGAUCAUCUCACUGUCCCUUCAUCUCUCCUUAUCGACUCUCCAUACGGCGUCGUUCCAACGUUUUAGUAAACAACGACAGAGGAGUGUCAAUCUCCUAUACUACUUGUCAUGUGUUAGAAUAAUACUAAUGAUUAGUGAUUGAUUAUGUGAGAACCGUUAAUUAUUAUUUUUAGAUUUACAGUGAUGGAUCAGUUGGAUUUGGCGCGGUUGUACGGUGUAGUUGCGAAGCAUGAUGCAGAAGCUUGAAGAUUUUAGAAAAGUCCGUUACCUUUUUUUUCUAAAGAAAAUUUUUACGGGACUUUUGGUUGAUAAUAUUAAUCUGGUGUAGAAUUAGAAUGUGUACUGUAAAAGCCUUUUCACUGUUUGAAUGUCUAUUUUCAGUAAAAAAAGGAAGAGUCAUUUUCUAAUA